AUGGCCAGCUUCAUUCAAAAGGGUGCCAAAAACAUCCUGUCCAAACAACCCAACGACGUCGUCUUCUUGUCAGCCCUGCGAACUCCCGUCACACGCGCAAAGAAAGGAGGGUUCAAAGAUGCCUACGACCACGAACUACUCGCCCAUGUGCUCAAGGCGACACUCGAGGCCAAUCCCAACUUAGACCCCGCAAAGAUCCAGGAUGUCCAAAUAGGCACCGUACUCUCAGAGCUUGGUGGUAGCAAGGCUGGCAGAAUGGCUUCCUUGCACGUGGGAGUUCCGGAGACGGCAUCCUUCCAGACUGUCAAUAGAGCAUGCUCCAGUGGCCUUGCUGCCAUCACUGGCAUUGCUCAUUCUAUUGCUGUUGGCGCUAUCGACAUAGGUAUCGCUGGUGGUAUGGAGAGCAUGACAAGAAACUAUGGUAGCCGUGCAAUUCCUACUCAACUCUGGGACGAGCUCAAGAACACAUCCGUCAAAGACGCCAAAGACUGCAUCAUGUCUAUGGGUCUUACCGCUGAAAACGUAGCCGAGCGAUACGGAGUCUCGAGGGCUGAUCAAGAUGCCUUCGCCGCCAACUCGCAUCAAAAGGCAGCCAAAGCACAAAGAGAUGGACUUUUCGACAAGGAGAUCGUGCCAGUCAAGACAAAAACGCGCCCCAACCCAGAGACACCUGAGAACACCGAGGAAAUCACUGUCAGCAAGGACGACGGCAUUCGACCCAAGAGCACGCCCGAGAGUCUCCAAGCAAUGAAGCCUGCUUUCAAGCCUGAUGGUGCCUCCACAGCAGGAAACAGCAGUCAGGUUUCUGACGGUGCUGCAGCAACGUUGAUGAUGAGGAGAAGCACAGCCAUGCAACUCGGACUCGAGAAGAACAUCAUCGGCAAGUGGGCGGGUACCCAAGUCGUUGGUUGCAAGCCUGAUGAGAUGGGCAUCGGUCCUGCUAUCGCUAUACCCAAGCUUCUGGAGUACACUGGCAUCUCCACAGCCGAGGUGGGCAUCUGGGAGAUCAACGAGGCAUUUGCCAGUCAAGCCAUACACUGUAUUAGAACUCUCGGCAUCUCAGAAGACAAGGUGAACCCUAAGGGAGGUGCUAUUGCCCUCGGCCAUCCACUAGGCGCCACUGGAGCCAGACAACUCGCCACUCUGCUGCCGGAGAUGGAAAGACAAGGCCAGGAGAUUGGUGUUAUAUCAAUGUGCAUUGGAACUGGUAUGGGCAUGGCAAGCUUGAUUGUAAGAGAAUGA